AUGGACGACAUACUACAAGGACUCAAUGAUGCUCAGCGAACCGCUGUAGCAUCUCCUGCCACAGUACUGCAGGUGCUCGCGCCGCCAGGAUCCGGCAAGACCAAAACGCUCACCGCGCGCGUCGCGUACCUCGUUGCGCGUCAACAGCUUCGACCAUGGAACAUCAUCGUGUGCACUUUUACCGUCAAGGCGGCUAACGAGAUGAAGGAACGCAUCAAGAGCUUUGUCGGCGAGGAUCUUGCUAAACAGCUCAGAUUAGGCACUUUCCACUCCGUGGCAUUGCGAUAUUUGAAAGCCUAUGGACAGCAUAUUGGUCUUCCCAAGGACUUUAGCAUCGCGGACAUGGCCGACAGCAAGGCCAUACUCAAAAGGAUCAUCAAGCGAAAUGACAUGUCGAUCGAUCCAGGACAGGCGAUUGGGAGAAUCUCAUCACGGAAAGCCAAAGGUAUCGCUCCGGAUCCUGCGAUCGUAGCCAAGAAGGUCGAGGAGCAAGAGUUCAACAAGCUGUACGACGAAUACGAAGCUACACUGGCGGCUUCAAAGCUACUGGAUUACGAUGAUAUACUUCUACGAUGUUGCUUUCUCCUAAGGACGCAUCCGCAGUGCGUUGCGAACGUCGAGGCCGUGCUUAUCGACGAGUUUCAAGACACCAACAACAUUCAGUACGACUUGAUGUCGCUGUUUGCACAGAGGCUGAAUACUAUCACGAUAGUUGGAGACCCGGAUCAAAGUAUAUAUGGCUUUCGAUCUGCUGAGAUCAAGAACUUGUCGCGAAUGAAGAAACAGUGGCCGGACACACUGACUAUCAACCUUGAGGAGAACUACCGGUCCUCGGGUGCCAUACUACACGCCGCGCAGAACAUCAUUGAGCAGGACGAGGCUCGUCCACCAAAGAAGCUUCAGGCAACGCAUACAUUUGGGAUGCGUCCCGUCUUACGGAAACUUCCUUCCUCAUACUCCGAAGCAGAAUGGCUAGUGUCCGAGAUCAAGCGCAUGCAAGCACUCUCGGGCGGGAUGCUGCAAAAUGACGACUUUGCCAUUCUUCUACGCUCUGCCGCACUUUCAAGGACGAUCGAAGCAGCGCUCGGCAAGGCGGGCGUGGCGUAUCGCAUGGUCGGCGGCAUGCGUUUCUACGAUCGGCUGGAAGUCAAAUUGAUCGUAGACUACUUGCGAGUUAUCUAUCAGCCAGACUACAGCGAAGCAGCCGAGAGAAUCGUCAAUKUGCCUUCGCGGAAAGUCGGCGAGGAGACUGUGAAAAAACUCAGAGAAGAGGCACGUGUCGACGGCGUCUCCUUUUGGACGCUGAUCCUCGAGACCGUGCAAGAUCGCCGCGUGCCCAAGACAAAGAUCACAGAGCCGUGCCGAAAAGGACUGGCCGCAUUCGUGAAUGUCAUAAUGAGUGGCCAGAAGAAGGUGCAAGGAUGGGAGACCGACACGCCUUGUCUGGUGGGCUUGAUAAACCUGGUCACGCAGAAGAUCUCGUUGCAAGCCUAUCUCAGAUCGAAAUUCGUCGAGGAAAAGGAAUUUGAGGCUCGGUGGAGCAAUGUCGAAGAGCUGAUCGCCCAAGCGGAAGCGCUCAUGGCUCCAGGCAAACUCAGUGAAGUAAUGGAAGCUGAUCAUCUACCUGAUAUUGAGGGCGAGGAGGCAAAGAUUGAUUCCGUCCAAGACAUAUUGUCCGUGUUUCUAGCGAAUAUUUCACUGGCUUCCGCGGAGCAGAAGGCCCAAGAUGGUGAAGAGGCCAUGAAGCAAGUCACGAUAUCAACGAUUCAUGCUGCCAAAGGACUGGAGUGGCCCGUCGUGUUUAUUCCAGCUUGUUUCGAAGGUUCCAUCCCUCACUCGCGAGCGGAUGACAAUGACGAGGAACGUCGUCUGUUGUACGUCGGGAUGACCAGAGCGCAGGCCCUUUUAUAUCUCAGCUGUCCGAUCAAGGAUACACAACGACAAGAAACGACCAUGUCUUCGUUUCUCACGCACCAAGGAGCCAGCACAUUCUUCGAAGAGCAUGGCCCGGGCAUGCCCACCUCUGCCGUAACAGCCCUGUCAGUUACGCUAAGGCGGCAGUGUCCACCCGCCUCCCUGAUCAACGAGUUGAAGAAGAAUCUCGAACGUGACGAAGAUAACCACUGGCCACUGACAGGCGAGGAUCCCAUGGAGGAGCGAGGGAGAUGGGACCGCGGAAAGAACCUCACCGAGCUACCAGGCUUCACUAGUGCACGACCGGUGGCCUGGGCGAAUACGACCGCCAUUAGCAUGCAACAACCACAAAGCUUCUCAACAGCCUCAGCAACAAUGCCCACAGUAGGCUUCACAAGMGUCGCAGCUCGCUACGACGAACUGRUGGAACAAGCAAAGUUGCAAAAGUUCGACAAGCGCGCAGAGCAGAAAACGAAAGAGCCUGCCACCACUGCCCCAAAGGGCAAAAAGCGCCCAACCGACGACCAAGGCAGUAUCGCGACCUUCUUCGCAAAGAAAGCGAAGCCUGCUCCAGAGCCAAUGCAAAGACUCGCCGCUACCCGGCCGAAUCCUGCGACCCAAGGGCUGCAAGAAAUCUCGAAUAAUGCCAAUGCUGCGCGUCAGGCAGUCCCGGCAUACAAGCCACGUUCGACACCGAUGUUCACGCGACCCACCCCAACAAGUAGAAUUGUGGCAGAAGAGACGGAUGUGAAUCACAGCAAAUAUGUGUUCCUCUCAAGUUCACCGCCACGUCCUGAGGUUGAGGAAGAGAAACUCCCCACCGCCGUGUCGUUUGAGAAGCGAAAACCACAGGAAUCUGCGGGAGAGAUGCGGCCGGCGAGUACGAUGCAUUCAACGACAAUGUCCAUGGCGAAAGCCGCGCCACAGCGCAAGGUCCUUGGGGUGAGAAGGAGUUUGCAUGGGUGGCCGCCUGCGAAGCGGUCUUAG